UUGGGUAUCACUGCCACAGGUUGCUGGUAACACUGUUGGUCGAGGUGUUUGACGACAACAGAUCGAAACAAUCACCAGUGAAUGACUAGUUUAUGACAAAACAGCGGCAUAAUGUCAGGCUUCGACGACAACCCCUUUGCUGAUCCUUUCGCUGAACCUUCGAUCCAGCAAGCUACAAAAGGCUCUGCUCCAAAUGGCCUGGAAGAAUAUGAUCCAUUUGGCAGCCAGUCAGCCACCAACACCACCACCACAACCGCUGGCAACAAUGGAAACCCUCCCACAUACGUGCAGCCCACGGUAGGAGGCGGCGUUGGAACUGGCGGUCAGCCGGCAGUCGUCACGCCCACACCCAACAACCCCCCCGCAUACACACCCUCGGCCCAACAGCAGGUCACCACUGCAGAGUUUCAGGAAUUAAAGAGGCGACAAGAGGAGCUGGAGAAGAAGGCUGAAGAACUGGCCAGGAAAGAGGAAGAACUGCGCAAUGCUGGCUCGGCCGGAGCUCGUCAGGACAACUGGCCGCCCCUUCCCUCAUCCUUUCCAGUUGGUCCGUGCUUUUACCAGGACAUCAACGUCGACAUUCCCCUCGAGUUCCAGAAGAUUGUCCGCAUGCUCUACUAUCUCUGGAUGUUUCACGCUCUGAUGCUGUUGCUGAACAUCCUCGGUGGUCUUGGUAUAUUCAUCAUGAUGAACGAGGGCAGCACCUUUGGCCUGGCGAUACUCUACUUCUUCCUCUUCACUCCCUUCUCCUACGUCUGCUGGUUCAGGCCCGUCUACAAGGCUUUCAGAAAUGACAGUUCCUUCAACUUCAUGGUAUUCUUCUUCGUGUUCUCCUUUCAACUGAUCGUCAGCAUAAUCAACGCCAUUGGAAUUCCCCGCAUGGGCAGCUGCGGCUUCAUCCUCGGACUAUCCACUUUGGGUCAAGACAAUGCCCCGUCUAACUACAUUGUUGGCAUCAUUGUGUUCAUGAUCGCUCUGGGUUUUGCUGCAGUAGCGGCUAUUGAUGCCAUCCUCCUUAUCAAGGUACACCGAAUCUACCGCAGCACAGGUGCCAGCUUUGCCAAGGCGCAAGUUGAGUUCUCCCAGGGCGUGAUGCGCAAUGAACACGUCCAGAAUGUAACGGCCAAUGCAGCCGAGGCAGCGGUGCGCAACCAGUUUGGAUCCACUGCGGCUGGCGGCAACUCUUCCAGCCCACGCUUCUAAUG